AUGGAUGAGCUUUUCGACGUCUUCGAGGACAAGCCCCAAGCGGCCAAGCUCUCCGAACCCAGACGACCGAAGAAAGAGAAGAGCAAGAAGCGCCAGGUAAAUGGCGAUGUGAAAGAAAAUGGGGAGAAUGCAGAGCCCAAGGAUGAUCCAGUCGCUACCGAUGCUGUUGUUCAAGAUGACAAGGAAGAGAAGGCUACAGGCGAGGAUAGCAAUAAUCAACCGGAGACAAAACGAUUGCGAUUAGAAGAGGAGCCGGAACCCGUUGUCGCAGAUUUGUUCGAAACUGCGCAAGAGCGCGAGAUUGCAGGAUCUGCAGGGCUUCAAGCUGAGAAAGAGGCCGGUCCAGUAGUUUUGUCUCACCAAGUCCGACAUCAGGUCGCCAUACCGCCGAAAUACCCAUACGUCCCGAUCUCUCAACACAAACCCCCGGCGGACCCCGCGAGAGUGUGGCCAUUUACCCUCGACCCGUUCCAGCAGGUCGCGGUUUCAUCAAUUCAGAGAGGAGAAAGUGUACUGGUUUCAGCUCACACUAGUGCGGGAAAGACUGUGGUUGCGGAAUAUGCUAUCGCUCAGAGUCUGAAGAACAAUCAGAGGGUCAUAUAUACAAGUCCGAUCAAGGCUUUGAGUAACCAGAAAUACCGAGAGUUUGCAGCGGAGUUUGGCGACGUUGGUCUUAUGACCGGAGAUGUGACCAUCAACCCUACCGCUACUUGCCUGGUGAUGACAACCGAGAUUUUGCGGUCUAUGUUGUAUCGUGGGUCCGAGAUUAUGCGCGAAGUCGCCUGGGUUGUCUUCGAUGAGAUUCAUUACAUGCGAGAUGCCACGCGAGGCGUUGUCUGGGAAGAGACGAUCAUUUUACUCCCCGAUAAGGUCCGAUACGUAUUCUUGUCUGCGACAAUCCCCAAUGCCAUGCAGUUUGCCGAGUGGAUCACAAAGAUGCACAACCAACCUUGUCACGUUGUAUAUACCGACUUUCGGCCCACGCCGUUGCAGCAUUAUUUCUUCCCCGCUGGCUCUGAAGGAAUGCAUUUGAUCGUCGAUGAGAAGGGCGUUUUUCGUGAGGAGAACUUCCAAAAGGCUAUGAGCUCUAUCUCAGACAAGAAAGGUGAUGACCCGGCAGAUGCGCUCGCCAAGCGAAAAGGCAAGGGCAAAGACAAAAAGCUCAACAAAGGCGGGAAUCAGGACAAUGCCGAUAUAUACAAGAUUGUCAAGAUGAUCAUGCUGAAAAGUCUAAACCCUGUUAUCGUCUUUAGUUUCAGCAAGCGCGAAUGCGAAUUUUACGCUUUGAAGAUGAGGGCCUUAGCCUUCAACGAUGACUCGGAGAAAGAGAUGGUGUCCAAAGUGUUCAACAGCGCGAUCGAGAUGCUGUCUGAAGAAGAUCGGAACCUGCCUCAGAUUCAGAACAUCCUGCCUCUUCUCCGAAGAGGUAUUGGUGUCCAUCAUUCUGGGUUGCUCCCCAUUCUCAAGGAGACCAUCGAGAUUCUGUUCCAAGAAGGUCUUAUCAAGGUCCUUUUUGCCACCGAAACAUUCUCCAUCGGUCUGAACAUGCCCGCAAAAACCGUCGUCUUCACAAGCGUCCGAAAGUUUGACGGCUUCAGCCAGCGCUGGGUCACUCCAUCCGAAUUUGUGCAAAUGUCAGGCCGUGCUGGACGAAGAGGUCUUGAUGAUCGCGGUAUCGUUAUCAUGAUGGUAGGAGAGGAAAUGGAUCCUGCCGUGGCCAAGGAAAUCGUGCGAGGAGAGCAAGACCGUCUAAACUCCGCUUUUCAUCUGGGCUACAACAUGAUCCUGAAUCUCAUGCGUGUGGAGGGUAUUUCGCCCGAGUUCAUGCUAGAAAGGUGCUUCUACCAAUUCCAGAACACUGCCGGCCUAGCAGGUCUCGAAAAGGAACUUGCUGAAUUGGAAGAAAAGAGAGCCAAUAUGACCAUUUCCGACGAAGGGACAAUCCGUGAAUACUACGAUAUACGAACGCAGAUUGAUCAGUUCAGUGAUGACGUACGGGCGGUUAUCAGCCAUCCUGAUUACUCUGUUUCUUUCCUCACGCCUGGUCGCCUGCUUCAUAUCAAAUACAAAGACUUCGAUUUUGGGUGGGGAGUAGUUGUCAAUAUCAAGAAACGCAAGCCCCAGAAGAACUCAGAAGAGCUAGCCGACCAUGCUAGCUACGUUGUUGAUGUUCUCCUGAGGGUUGCUGAGGGGUCCUCUGUAGGCACAAAAACUUUUGAAGAUCUGCCGCAAGGCGUCCGGCCACCCAAGGAGGGUGAGAAAUCUCACAUGGCUGUUGUUCCACUCCUUCUCAAUUGCAUUCAAUCUAUCUCACAUAUUCGAAUGAUGAUGCCCAAGGAGUUGCAGUCUUCAGAUUCGCGAGCCGAAGUGGGAAAGAAGAUAGAGCAAGUCAAGAAGAGGUUCCCGGAUGGUAUUGCUGUCCUCGACCCUAUCGAAGACAUGGGCAUCAAAGAUGACGAGUUCAAAAAGACUCUGAGAAAAAUUGAGGUUCUUGAGGCUCGCUUGGUUACGAAUCCAUUGCAUAAUUCUCCACGACUGGAAGAGCUGUACGAACAGUAUGCGGAGAAGGUUGAUUUAGGGAACAAGAUCAAAGCGACCAAGAAGAAGAUAUCCGAGGGCAUGGCUAUACAACAGCUGGACGAACUGAAAUGCCGGAAACGUGUUCUCCGCCGCUUCGGCUUCAUUAACGAGGCCGAAGUAGUCCAACUGAAGGCACGUGUGGCGUGUGAAAUUAGCACUGGCGACGAGUUGAUGCUCAGCGAGCUUCUCUUCAACGGUUUCUUCAAUAAGCUGACCCCAGAGCAAGCGGCGGCCGUACUAAGUGUCUUCGUAUUCGAAGAAAAGACCAAGGAGACACCGCCACUGUCGAAGGAAGAGCUUGCGAAACCACUCAAAGAGAUCCAAGCGCAAGCACGGAUUGUUGCUAAAGUCGCGCAGGAGUCGAAGCUGGCCGUCAGUGAAGAAGACUACGUCCAGAGCUUCCAUUGGGAACUGAUGGAAGUGAUCUACGAAUGGGCUAACGGGAAGUCAUUUGCUGAUAUUUGCGCCAUGACCGAUGUUUACGAAGGCAGCUUAAUCCGGGUCUUCCGCCGCUUGGAAGAAUGUCUUCGGCAAAUGGCUCAGGCAGCCAAAGUCAUGGGUAGCGAAGAGCUUGAAAGUAAGUUUGAGGCGGCGUUGACAAAGGUCCGCAGGGACAUUGUUGCCGCGCAGUCCUUAUAUCUGUAG